AUGGCGUCCUCGGGGCUGCUUCUCGCCGCUCUGGCCGUCGUCGGCGCCGCCGCCGGCGAUCCGCGCGAGCUCGCCGGCGGCCUGACCAUCGGCAACAUCACCUCCGGGUACAGCGACCAGCCGAACUGCCUCGUGCGCAAGGACGGCGCCUGGCUGUGCACGGUCACCUACAACGACGAGCCCGAGGGCUCGGCCGGCGAGCACGUCAUCACGACGAUCUCGACGGACCGCGGCCUCACCUGGAGCGAGCGCUACCCCGUCGAGCCCGAGUCCAAGAUCCAGCACGCCUACUCGACGCUCUUCCAGGGCCCCGGCGACGCCGUCUACGUCGCCUACGUCGAGAACUCGGACAACGUGACGACGCUCAACGGCGACUACGCCCCGCGCGAGGACAUGUACGGCCACUUCUGGCUGCGGCGGUCGCUCGACGGCGGCAAGACCUGGGGCGGCGCCGCGGAGCGCUGGGAGAUCCCCGUGCGCGAGACGAAGAUCGACCGCGAGAACUCGUGGCGCGGGAAGGUGCGCAUCAUGUGGGCCGUGGACAAGGGCUUCGAGUGCCCGAAGCACGGCGCCUUUCUGGCGUUCGCCAAGGUCGGGACGUACGUCGUGGACCCGCCGACCGAGGCCUGGCUGCUGAAUUCGAAGAACCUCGCGACGGCCGAAGAUCCCGCCGACGUCGAGUGGACGCUGCUCCCCGAGGGCGACGAGGGCAUCCGCUACUGGGAGCCGUCGGCGCCGGGCAUCUCCGAGGAGGGGCACGUCGUGCCCAUGGACGACGGCGCUCUCUAUUACGUCUUCCGGACGGACGCGGGCGUGCUGGGCGGCCGCGCGUCCUACGACGGCGGAAGGACCUUCGCGGACCCGACGAAGACGGGCGCGGCGGUCUACGCGGACGGGAGCGUCGUCAAGAACCCGCGGGGCCCGAUCACGCCGCGCGCCGUCGACGUGUUGGGCGGGACGACGGCGUACGUCUUGCUCUACUACAACAACGGCGGCAGGGACUUCAACGGGCGCAACCCCUACUGGCUCGCGCCGGGCUGGCAGGCGAACGGCACCGACGGCGCCACCGUCGUCUGGGGCGAGCCCGAAGUCGCGCUGUUCUCGACCGUCGCGGCGGACCGCAUCGGCUACCCGGACUUUAUCGUCGACGCGGAGGAGGAGGCGCUGUACAUUUCGGAGACGGAAAAGGUGCACUGCCGCAUGCACAGGGUGCCCGACGCCGUGCUGGACCUCCUCUUGCGCCAGCGCGACUUCGCGGCGAAGACGCCCGGCGCCGCAGCGACCUUCGGCGCCGUGGCCGCGGGCGCGACGGCGACACAGCCCGCGGCGACGGUCCUCGACGCCGGCUUCGCGAUCGCCGUCCGCCUCGCCGGCGCGCUGCCGUCGGGGACGAGCGUCCUCUUCACCACGCUGAAAGCGGCGGCCGCGGCCGACGGCGGCUCCGUGGACGGCGGUCUGCGCCUCGCCAAGGGCCUCGUGCAGGACACGGUCACGCUCGACGUCGGCCACCUGUCCCCGGCCCACCUCGAGAUCCCCUUCCGCUUCGUCUUGGAUCGCCAGUGCGCCGAGAAGCUCGCGGCGCCCGGCGCGCAUUUUUUUGCCGUCUCCGCCGAUCCCGCCUCUCGCGUCCUGAGCGCCUUCGUCGACGGCAAGCUCUGCGACGGCGGCAAAUACCAGACGCAAGGCUGGGUCGCCAUGCCGACGGGCGCGGACGACCCGAUGCAGCACGCCCCCGGCGCGGCGGACGCGACGGUCGGGCCCGCGCUCGUCGGCGUCGACGAGGUCCGCUUCUUCGACCGCUACCUCAAGACGACGGAGAUGCUCGGCGACUACCGCGCGGGGCUCUAG